AUUCCAUGAGUUCCAAUUAUUAAAAUUUAUUAGAUUUUCUUCCUUAUCCGUAUUUUUAUUUAAACAAUUUACUAUUAAUUCCUGAUUAUCUUUUUCAUACUCAUUUUCUUUUUCUAUUUCAAAAUUCAAUUCAUUUGGCCAAUUAUUUUCUGGUCUUUUUAACCGAUCAGGACCUUCCCACCAGAUAUGGCAUUUUUCUAAUUCAGAUGCCAUUAUACCACGUGUGGCUAUAUCUGCUGGAUUAUCGCUUGUAUUUACAUAACCGAAUUUUAUUCCAUUAUUUUUUCUUAUUUCAUUUAUUCUAUUUUCUACAAAUUUCUCAUUUUUUCCUCCGGCCUUUAUCCAACUUAAUACCGGCUUUGAAUCACACCAUAAAAAUUUAUCUUUUAUUUCAACUCCAAUUUGCUUCUCUACAAAUUCUAAAGCUCUUUUAGCAAUA